CGCGACAAGGAGGAGCCGAGUUUUGGAAGUUUUCGACGCCGACGCGCGGCACGACGCGUAGGACGCCGUCGAGGACGUGACUCGAAAAAAACGGAAAGUGUGGUGCGUCGACCGUGUGAUGAGGGAACGACCGCGCGUUUUCGUUCUACGAACGAAAACGAGAAUGCUUUUGUUUGAGACACAUCGGCAGUCUCGUGCUCCGAAUUAACGCACAUCUCGACUGCAGCGCAACCGUUUGCUGUGUAUUCUGGCUUCCUGAGAAUAAUUACGCCGGGGAGUAGCGAACGUGCCCGAGGGUUUUUCCACGAAUUUGCUGGUCGCCUGACGUCCUUCCAAGACACAAUCAAUACGUCCUCGGGAUUUACUAUCGAUGUGUCCGCUCUUUCGCUACGACGACACCGCUUUUGUCAGCUUUCGUGCUGGUGAUUCGUGAAUUCGGUCGAUCGAUGCGGCUUCAAUUCAGGAAUUUCAGAAAACGGCCGUACGAGUCUCAGAAGUUUUAAAAGUCGGUUUUUCAUGGUGACUUCGAAGGCAUGCGAGCGAGGCUAUAAAGUUCGGUCUCGCCCUCCCCUCGAAACUACACAGUGAAACGGCUCGGAAAACGUGGCAUUCAGCUGUGAACGUUACAGAAAUAUACAACCGGCUUUUGGGCAAUUUAUAGUCUUCAUGGGUCCCUCUCUGUCUCUAUCUCUCGGCACCUGCCGCGGCAGAUGUUAAGAAUGAUAUCAAAAACGCAAUGUUUAAUAAUGAAGGAGGGUCUAAACUAAACAGUGACGAUGCAAAAUCAACAAUUAUAGAGUUAUUUCCAUGGGUCUCAGAAUUUAAGAAAAUGUGCAAAUGUAUAUACGCAGACAAAAGUAUGGCUUCUUUGGCAGAGCUUAUGCAGUACUAUAUCAGAAAUGUAAGUAUCAAUGUGAAUGAAUGUUAUACAAAGUCUUUACGAGCAGCAAAGUUGAAGGAUUCUAUUAGUGAAACCUUACUUUUGUUCUUAUAUAUCUAUCGCGAGCUUUCUGAGGACCGUAAUAGAUCUAUUUACUUAAAUAAUAUGUCUGAUUUAUUGGCGUUGUACAUAGAUAUGGAAUUAAAAGCUUCAAAAAAAAGUAAAGAAGAUCAUAACAGAAUUUGUACAAGACUUACUUCUUGUCUUUAUGUAUAUUUAGAACAUUCCACAGAGCAUUUGUUAGAUACUUUGAUAAAGAUACAAUUUAUGUGCCGGGGUUAUCACCGUAUUUUAGAUCCGUUAAUAACAAAAGUAAUUAAAAAUAUUCCACCGCAUCCCGAAUCAAAUAUUAUGUACAUUCGUUAUCUUCUUAUUUAUUGUCUUUGGAGAAAGAUAAAUAGCGAUAUAGCCGUGAAAAGUCAAAUUAUUACAACCGCAAUUGCCUCUCUGGGAGCACCACCAGCAGCUUUCCCACCAUGCGUGUUAGAAGAUGUAUUACCGAAAGUGCCAAAGUGUCAACCAAAUUCAGCAAAAUAUCUAAUGCAGCAGAAAUUUGACAUAAGAAAAUGCUGUGAAUUAUUUAUACAGUUCUGUAGAGAAAGCAGAGGAGGUACAUGGCAGCAAAAAAGUAAAAAUGCAUCUACAAUUCCAAGCUCGUCCAAGAGGACUUUACAACUGCUGGAAGUAACAUCACGCGAAAAUAAAAAUAUCGACCGUAUCGAAAAUAAAUUUGUUUCUUCAAAUAAAGAUGUAAAAAAUAAUUCUGUUUUGUCAAAUAAUUUAAAGUCUUCAAAUUUAACAGAGCAAACAAAUGUUAAACCUUUAGGCACAAUUUCUACAAAUAUUUCUGUAACACGUACUAUCUCUAAAUCGAUGAAACCAAAAGUGCUUCCACGGAAGAAGGCUAAAAAAUCUAAUAAGAUUGUAAUAAUCGAUCUUACAACUGACAUCGCUUUCGAACGAUGUAUAAAGAAAAGGAAAUCGAGAAAAGUUGCAUGGCUCGAAGAAGCUAAGAAGAAACUUGACGCAAAGGCGAUAAGAACGUCACGGAAGAUUAAGAGUCAACAAAUGGCGGAAAAUGUAAACUCUUUGAAAAAAAUAACUCUUAAUCAGCAAUUGGAAGAUUUGCUUCAACCCGUACAUGUCACAGAAAAUACAACUUUGAAGAAUGAUUUGAGCGCAUCUAUAAAACAGGAUAUGAAGUUAAAUAACGAAAAAAUAAAAUCCAUAAUGAUGCAACAUCUUGAUGCAAAACAUAAAAAUACAUCAGUCAAUGGUAACACAAUAUCUACAAAACAAUCGGUAGACAUGAAUAGCAAUGGCAAAAGUGAAACUGUUGGGAUGCUGCGUCGCACAGUCUCUUCUUCUGUAAUCGUUGAUAGACCACAGUCUAAUAAACCUAAAGUUUCUAAAAAUUCGUUAUUGGAUAUUUCGAAUGACGCUAAUGAAGUUAACAAACGUCAUGUUAAUACUUUGAAAGCAAAGAAUAAUGAAAAAAUAAACGAUAGGCAUAAUGCACAGACUGUGAUUAAACGACUGAUAGAACAAGACACUCCGCCUGAAAGUGAAACCUGUAAAAGAGUUGAAAGUUUAAGGAAAAUCUGUGAUUUAGGAACAGAGCACUCUAAAACUGUAAAUAUUCCUCCUUCGAUAUGUGCCCAAGAUGAUUCCAAAGAUGAAGAUGAUAGCUCUAAUCAUAAUACUAACUAUCUUAGUACAACUAAAGAUAUAUUAUCCCCACAUGAAAUUUCAUCUCUGGAGCAUUGCAGAAACACAAAGAAUGAAACAAAUAAUGAAAAAAUGGAAGAUUCUGGUGACAACAAUGAGAAACGUAUGCAGGAAAAUAUCCGUGAAGCGAUAAAUAAUGAAAUACAGUGCUUGAAAUCAACUACAAUUGAUAGUGAAUUAAGUAAAGAGAAAUUUGCAGUUUCCACGACAGCAGCUGAAACUCGUACCACGACAACUGUAAGUAAUGUGGAAAUAUUAAUAAAUGAUGCAACAGAAUCUGACCAGUUGCAACAAUCAUUCAUUACUGAAAAUACAAGACAACAUCCGCAGGAACCUGAAUCUCAAGAAAAAUUUGUAUCAACAAGUCACAAUGUUGCAAAUAAUACUGUAAGUAUUAGUGUAAUGAAUGGAGACCAUUCUAAUGUACAAACAGAUUUAAAAGUUGGUACUUGCAUCGAAGUAAGCGACGAUAUAAGAGAUAGCAGAUUCUCUAAUGAUAAAAUCAGAGAAACUAUUUUUGAAAAUCACACAGCUGAUAAAAAUAUUUCUAAUAUCCUCGAUAUGUCACUGUGUUCAAAAGAAGAAGGAGUCAAAGAAGUAUCGACUGAUAAGGAAGAUAUCGACCUGAAAGCAGAUCAUAAAGAAAACGCAGAAAUCGACUCUAACAGGAAUUGUGGUAGGAAACAUAAUAUAGAGGAAUUAGGAAGAUCUUCUGUACUGUGCAAAAAAGUUGACCAAAUGCAUGAUGAUAAAUCACCGAAAGAAUCAUACAAGAUAUCGCAUACGAAGAAUAUUCAGGAUUCGUCGGAGGACAAAUGUAUCAUUCAAGAUUCAGAAUUGCACGAUAACAUAGAUGGGCUUUCGUUAUUAGCCAAUGUUAUCGCGAGUCAGCAUGUGUCGCAUUUGAAAACCGAACGCGAAUUAAGGUAUGAACAAAUCAAAGUCAAGGAUUACGCGUCGUUAAGAAACUCUCCUUGUAAUCAAACUACCGAUGAUGACGAAGCCGAUACUAAUGAUUCAUCGAAUACUGUUUCUGAAAUUUUGGAGAAUCCAACAGCUGAGGUAAUUAAUAGAAUAGUUGGAAUUUACCCGGAGGACGCGUUAGACAAAGUAGCGCUUCAUGUUGAAGUGACAUCGACAACUGAUCCCGAUGAUCGCGAAAGCGAUCCGAGCGACAGCGUUUCGCAUAUUGUUGAAACUACUCUCAAUUACGAAACGGACACAAUAUCUAACAAUUUAAGUAUGAUGGAAAACAAUGUGCAGUCAAUAAAGGAGAAUACGAACGUUAUAUUAAACGGUGAAACAGUCGUGCUCUUACAAAAGUCUCCCAAUAGUAAUUUAUACAUCAUCAAUAAAGCGGUGGAAAACGCAAGGGAUCACAAUAGCGACGACGAGAGCUGUCCAAUUAAAGAGAAGAACUGGAUGAUCCCGCCGGAAGAUUGCGCAUCGUUCGAAGUUGUUAAUACGUCAGAGCAUAUUUUGUUUAAUUUGGAUAUGCCGCAAUACAACAAGGAAUUAUCGUGCCAAGAAAAUAAAUAUUCCGUCGGAAGGAACAAAGGUAUAAAGAUCGAGCCCGAGGAGGAGAGCAGCUUGAUGAGCAUCACGGAAAUGAAAUCUUACGGCAAGAAGGGUUCAUUGUCGGCCGACGUGUUACCCGCGACGUCGCAGAUCUAUCAGGACACGAACGUCGCGAAUGUGAGCAUCAGCAAGUCGGUCGAUAAACGAAAAUCCAAGUCGAUUCUCACUUACAGGCAGAACAUUAAGCAAGAGUUCAGCAAUCAUAUUGCGCCGAAUUGUGGGAUACAGGGGUGCAACGGAAUACAUUCGCAUCCGCACGAAGUGAUCGACCCGCAGCAUUCGUUACAUAUUCCGGUCACCCAUCCCACGACAAUACCCUCGAUUUACGGGAACUGCGCCGCCGGCACAGAUCUGUGUAUGCCGUAUCACAAGCAUUGUACCUCCGUGUCGUGCAGCUUACAGAUCAAUUCCACUACUUCGCUUCGUUCCCACACGAAAUCCGCUAAUUCAUGCGGGAGAUCGCACUGCUCAUGUCUAAAUUGUACGUAUGACCUAGUCGCGCAUUGUAGACAGUGUAUACACCCUGCCACGGACUCCCACGUGUCUUGCAUUGAAAGUAAUUCUUAUUUUUUGCCCACACAUUCAUCAGUACAAACAUCCGCCGUCCAGGAGCACGAUAGGACAAAAAGCGAAGCGGUAAUAAGUAAAUUAUAUGACGAUCAAAUAUUGCGUAAAAGAGUAUUACAAAGUAAUACGUUGGAGAAGCUGGAUGUGCCGCCGGAGAAGUUAUUCAAGAAGGAUAUGGAGAACAAGUUGCCGCUGAAGAAGCGAUUGAAGGCGCACGCCAUGAUGUCGAUGGCGUAUGAGAAGGUGCCCAUCAAGACGGAGAAAUUGGAUAACUAUCCUGGAAUUCCCAUGAUGUCCAUAGCAGCCUUAGAAACGAUAGACGGCACACAGAAACAUCCAGCGCAAAUGAUUAAAUCGUCAUACGAGUUGUCCCCCAACGAGGAGGAUAAUCCACACGGCAGCUAUCAUUUCAACUCGAGUAUAGUGCGAAGGGAUUACUGCAAAGAUAUCCACAUCUCUAAUACACAUCAUAAUCUUACGAAAGAAAGUACAAGAAAUCACGAGCGCCAGUUUCGACCGAAUAGCGAUCAGUCUAACGCGGUGUGCCUGGAAAGCUGUCAGGACAGGACACUUGCGCAGCACAGAGAUGUCACGAAUGCAGCAUCUCCGAAGCAUAUGACAACGGAGACGAUCGAGCAGGAUAGCGCGUGUAAAAAGGCGAAGAAAACGCAGUCGUCUAUUAGACAAACGAGAAGCUCAAAAAGAAACGUUCCUAAGGUAAAUUAUUGUUACACCGAUGUUGAUCCAGAAUGGAAUCCGUCCGGUGAGUCAAAACGAAGACGUAAGAAGACUAGUCGAUGAUCAAUACUAUUUCAUUACGAGAAGUCAUUGCUGUAAAAAAAAAAAAAGACCGAAAGUGGAAGCAACCUGUAUAGAGGAUAAAUGUGUUCUUCAAGCUGUGGCACUGUAAAUCUGUAAAUAUUUGUACAAAGCG